GGUUUCUCCGCGAUAUCGAGAAGAAAUUACAUUCCUGAGUCGUUUGCGGAUCACGCACCAGCGCACGUUUUCUUUCCUCUAUACCGACGUUCUCUAUACCGACGUUGCCAAAACAAAUUCACUUUACAUAAUUACGUAAAAAGCGAAAAAUGACACCCGGUGCCAAAAUGUGACACGCGCACGUCGCUCGAGCUCGAUUCGUCUUAAGGCCGACCGAGACCGCUCGCGAUAAUUAAUCACGGUAACUAACCGCCUCAGCAUCGUCAGAGAUAGCAAAGUGUCGCGCGCGUAUGAUGUCCCGAUAGAGCCCGCGGCCGCGCGGUCGUCAGCAUGGAACUGCUUUCGUUGAAUUUUUUUCUAUACACUAUGGGAGGCGUAUGGCGACCGGUCGAGUGGACGUCAAGUUGCGCCAAGCUGCUGAACAACGUCUUCGGCUUUUGCACGAUAGUCCCAAUAUACUUCCUCAUGCUGACCCAACUCAUGAAUCUCGUUUUCAUGGUCGAUAACGUAGACGACUUCAUCACGAAUUCCCUCAUGUUCAUGACCAUCCUCGCUAUUUGCUGCAAGGCGACGACCGCGAUGGUACGUCGCGACGUGAUCAUCGACCUGGUGCAGACGUUGUCGCGGGAGCCGUGCAAGCCUCAGGACGCGGACGAGUUGGCGAUACAGACGAAAUUCGACGUGUUCAUCAGGUAGGUCGUUCUACUCGGCAAGGGGCCGGAAGGUCGAAGGACCCGAUAGGUCCUCGGUCGAAUCGUUUCGUAAAAAUCGUCGAUUAACUUUUAGUAUGGUACAUUUUCUCUACCUGGAGACAGAUUUUUGUGAAAUCUUGCAUUUCUCUCUUUUUGGUCUUCUCGGUGGCCGAGGUGACACAAAUCUAAAAUCGGAUUUUAACAUGGUGGAUCUAAUGUGACCAUAUAGGACAAAAUUAGUGCAAGUCUGAAUAAAUGUUA